AAAUUACACAUCAUCUCCUUGCCGUUUCCAUCAUAAAAACCUGACCUCUAAAAUACACCGAUGCAUACAUGCUUCUUAUGGAAAAUCGUCUUCUCCAAUUCCUCCGUGAACCAAUCCAUAAUCCCUAAUUGUACGGCCUGCAUUUCAUUCUCUGAUCGCCGAACAGGAAGAGGAGGAAAUAUUCGACAAUGCACCGACCCUAACUGCUGCUACUUUCACAGCGUUGUUGAUUUUCUCUUUAUAAAAAAUCUCUCUUUCUUCCUCAACUGUUCUUCACCAUUCGACGGAAUCUUGUCGGCAAUCUGACAGCUGUGCCGAUCCUUGAGAAGGGUUUUGGAGUUUUUGACAACUGCUCUUCUAUUUAUACGGUUCAUCCACAUUACAAGUUUGUUUUUUUGCUGCUGUUUGAUGUUCCCAAUUUUUAGACUGUAAUCGUGCAUUUGUUGGAAGCUUCCGAGCCGUGGGGGUGAAAAAGCUUAGCGGGUUCUUGAUGUCAAGUUUGACAAUUUGCGGGAGGUUUCGAUUAGCAUUUUAAAUUUUCGAGGUGUACAUUCAAUGAUAGUUAAACAAUUUUAGAUUCGCCAUGUUUUGCGCGCAGAGAGAGAGAGAGAAGGAGAGUGCAGUGAGUCAAUAAUCUCACUCCCAAAACUUUCACCGUCUUAGAAAAACUAUUUACUGAUUCGUCCACCAUUUCCAGCAUUCAUUAAACCUCUUGAUUUAGUAUAUAUUCAUCUCUCCCUCGCUUCCCACCGGGAUGAAGAAGUGUUCUUGAUUGAUUGGCAAUGAAGACAUUGCGGCAGAGGGAGAGGGCAUGGGAUUUCUUUUCUGAAGAUCAGGUGCGAGAGACUACCAACUUCCUGAGGUUGUCCCAUUCUAGGAUGAAGCUGUGGACUUUGAGGGCAAUCACAACUUUGUUGCUGUGGACAUGUAUUAUUCAGUUAGUAGCCAUUGGAGAAGUUUGGGGGCCAAGGUUGCUGAAGAGCUGGCCUUCAUGUUCCAUUUCUUCCCCAAUUAUCCGUACACCUGAAACUUUAUCUUCUGUCCAACCAAGAAAGCAUUUUCCACCAAAGAGGAUAUACAAGAACAAUGGUUAUCUUCUUGUUUCUUGCAAUGGUGGCCUAAAUCAGAUGCGUUCUGCGAUAUGCGAUAUGGUAGCAAUCGCUAGAUAUCUCAAUGCCACUCUGAUCGUCCCUGAACUGGACAAAACUUCAUUCUGGGCAGAUCCGAGUGACUUCAAGGACAUAUUCAACGUCGAACAUUUUAUUUCCUCGUUGAGGGAUGAAGUCCGGAUACUGAAAGAGCUUCCACCCCGGCUCAGACGUAGAGUAGAACUUGGGAAGUUCUAUGAGCUACCCCCCAUCAGUUGGUCGAAUAUUUCUUACUACCGUAAGCAGAUUCUUCCCCUCCUCAAAAAGCACAAAGUAGUACACUUGAAUAAAACAGAUGCACGCCUCGCCAACAACGGAUUGCCUCUGUCGAUCCAGAAGCUGCGCUGCCGAGUAAAUUUCAGCGCUUUAAGAUUCACUCCCAAAAUAGAGGAAUUGGGCAGAAAAGUGAUCAGAUUGCUGAGGCAGAAAGGGCCUUUCCUUGUCCUCCAUCUCAGAUACGAAAUGGACAUGCUGUCAUUCUCGGGCUGCACUCAAGGCUGCACUGCUGAGGAAGUGAAUGAACUGACUGCAAUGAGGUAUGCUAAUCCAUGGUGGAAGGAGAAAGUGAUCGAUUCCGACCUUAAAAGGAAGGAAGGACUUUGCCCCUUGACACCUGAAGAAACUGCCCUUGUACUCACUGCACUCGGCAUCGACUCUGGCAUUCAAGUAUACGUUGCUGCUGGAGAGAUAUACGGCGGGCGAAGGAGAUUGUCAAGUUUGUCGACAGCAUUUCCGAACCUGGUGAAAAAGGAAACGUUGCUGGAGGCGUGGGAUUUGUCUUACUUCCGGAACCACUCGUCGCAGAUGGCGGCGCUGGAUUAUCUGGUCUCCUUGGAAAGUGAUCUCUUUGUUCCCACGUAUGACGGGAACAUGGCUAAGGUUGUCGAAGGGCAUAGAAGGUACUUAGGUUUCAAGAAAACUAUCCAGCUAGACAAGCGAACCUUGGUCGGUCUGAUCGAUCGAUACAGCAAUGGACUGUCGAGCUGGGAUGAAUUCGUUUCGUCUGUGAAGGAAGCCCACGCAGAUCGAAUGGGGAAGCCACAGAAGCGCGUUGUGCUUUCAGACCGUCCCAAGGAAGAGGAUUACUUCUAUGCCAAUCCACAAGAAUGCCUUGCAGCCUACAAAUGAAACGACGUUCGACAUAUUUACUUGUCUGUAAGAACAAAAAGCACAACGCAAAGAAGGAAGCACAUCAAAUCUAUACAAAUCUAUACAUGAUUCUUUCGCAAUUUUGCUGUACAUAUUAAACCCUUUCUCUGGGAUGUAAAACAGUUUGUCAAUCAAAUGGGAAAAACAUUCUUCAGACUCAGAAGCUGCAGAUUGCCUUAUACACUCUGCUUUGCAUUUUUAGAACAUGAAAUGCUAACAAUCCUCGAAUAUGUUUAUGAAUAUAUUCUGUCUACAGCAAGAAGUGCAAUU